AGCUGUCUGUGAUUCAGUCUGUCUCUUCAUCUUUACUGAGAACUUGAACCUGAGUCGUCCUCGUUUUCAUCAUCCUCGUCUUCUCCUCCGUGUGGAGUCAAAGGGUCUGGACCGGAUCGAGGUUCCUCAGCUGCCCCUCUGAGACUUUGAUCUCGCAGUGGCUGCUGGGAGAUAAAGAGCUUCUCCUUUUCUUCUUCGGAGUCCGCAGAGAUGUCAGCCGUUAUCCCGGAGCAGGUCCGGAGCGAGCAGGGGAGCUGCAGCGGAGCCGAGCCGGAGCAGCCGGAGGCCGGCGUCUUGCAGCCGCAGACCGUGUUUGUCAUCCUGGACCCGGCGGAAACUCUCAACGUGGUCCGAGUGGAGUCUGGGAUCGUUGCUGACAUCGAGGUCGACGGUCUGCUGCCAUCUGACUGCGACACCUUCUAUGAAAUCAAGAGUCAGCCAAUCAGCAUCAGUUCAUCAGCAGCAGCUCCCUCCUCUUCAUCUUCUUCACUGCCGUCAGUGAUGUCAUCGAGGGUUUUGAUGCGUCAGGAUCUGAUGCGUCAGCAGGCUCUGGAGGAGGAGCAUAAAGAGACGCAGAAGAAGCAACAGCAGCUUCUUCGCUUCUCCGACUCCUCCUCGCCCAUCUGCGUCUCGGUGCCCUCCUCCUGCAUACCUCCUGCUCAGGUCCCUGUGGAGGUGCUAAAGGUGCAGACUCACCUGGAGAAUCCCACCAGGUAUCACAUCCAGCAGGCUCAGAGGCAGCAGGUCCGUCAGUACCUGUCCACCACCAAGACAGCCAAUCAGCAGCAGGCUGCAGUGGCAAGCCACUCCCCCCAGCUGGGUUCCACCCCUGGACAGCCAAUGGACGGGAGCCCCAAACAGGAAGUAGAAGACAUCAUCGUCGAUGACAUCAUCAGCCUGGAUUCGAGCCUGAACGACGAGUUUCUGACGCUGAUCGACUCGGAGCUGCAGCUCGCCAACACGCUCCCUGAUCCUGAGAACUUGCUGGACGGGUAUGGUGGCAGCGUCGGGAACACCAUGCCUACGCUUACCAUUAGUAACAGCUGCCCGGCCAACCUGCAUGCCGUCAAGAGAGAGCUGACUGAGGUGGAGUCCAAAGCUCUGAUUAAAGAAAGACAGAAGAAGGACAAUCACAACCUCAUCGAGAGGAGGCGGCGCUUCAACAUCAAUGACCGGAUCAAAGAACUCGGAGCUCUGAUCCCUAAAUCCUCUGACCCUGAGACGAGGUGGAACAAAGGAACCAUCCUGAAGGCGUCGGUGGAUUACAUCCGCAAGCUGCAGAAGGAACAGCACAGAGCCCGAGAGAUGGAGGAGAGGCAGAGGAGGCUGGAGAGCACCAACCAUUCGCUGAUGCUCCGCAUACAGGAGUUGGAGCUUCAGGCUCGCGUCCAUGGCCUCUCCUCUUCCUCCUCCAACUCACCUCCCCCGAAGUCCUCCUCCUCCUCUCUGGACCCCCAGACCCUGCUCUCUCCUCCACUGCUUCACCCCUUUUCCUCUUCCUCCUCCCCCUCCUCCUCCUCCCUGGUGACUCCCUCUCUGGGUCUGGAUGCUCUGACUUUUACGGACCUGGAUGAGUCUCAGGGAGCCGCCACUGUUUUCUCCCCAGACCUGAUGUCUGACAUGGGGCUGACUGACCUGAACGGCCUGGGGGGCCUCCUGAUGGAGGACGGGAGCGGGGCAGGAGUGAUGUCCGACCCUCUGCUGUCCUGCGGAGCUUCGAAGACCAGCAGCAGAAGGAGCAGCUUCAGCAUGGAUGAGGAUCUUUGAUGACCCCAUCGCGCACAGGGAUCUGAUUGGCCAGAACUGAAGGCGGGACUUCAUUUUAAAUUUUCUUUAGGGAACUGCUUUUCAAUCUGUGACAUCAACAAAGCAAAAAACACACCAAGGUGAUGCAGUGUAACAGAAACCAUCAGCAUGUCUUCCAGGGGACUCCCCUUUGUCCUGAAGUGUUGUUGUCACAGCUGUUGUUGCAAACCCCAGUGUCAAAAUUAUGUUCAGGUUCCUCACACGCACUCACCUGAACUGCUGAGACUCAAAGUGACUUAAAUGUGGAUUUACGAGGUUUUAUAAAGUAGUCAAAAUACUGAGACAUUGAUUGUGCCUCAGUUCAUUCCUGUAAAUAUAAAUGAAUCUAUAAUCACUGUGCUGGAAAACUGAGUAGAGAUUUUUAUUGGAUCAGAGGAGUCUGCAUAGCUUCAGGACUUUGAUUCAGUUUUAUUUUUAAUAUAUGCGCUGCCUGAUUGAAACCAUGUCCAGAGCAAAAAGAAGGGAAACUUUUGUAAUCGGCCACCAAUCCUUAAGAAAACUGUUCAUUUCAGUUUGUUUCAUCUUUAGAAUUUUAUGUUUUAUUAGCAUUGAGACUCUUCUCAUACAGCAGCCAAAUUAACAUUUUAAGCUUCAAUCAAUUCUUGCUGAUGAGUUUAUAAUCGUUAGCCUUCAAUUAAACCAGCUACAGUUUCCAUUGCUUGAGGCUAAUUGUAAGCUAACUCUUAGCUGCAGGUGUUUUGUCUUCAGGAACCCUCCUAUCUUAUAACAGACAGGUUACCAAACAAGAACUUGUCGAGUUAGCUGUUAAUGUUAAAACGUGCUCGCGUUAAAAGCUAACUAGUUACAUACUGUUGUUCAUAUUCUCCUACCUGCUAGUUUAGUUAGCUACUGUACAGAGCUAGCUGCUAUCUGUGCUUGAUGUAAUUAGCUCUAGCUAAAAUCGUGUCAUCUUAGCAGCCAUGUUUGUUUGUGGAACGAUUUCCUCAUAUGUUACAGUCGCCGAUGUAAAUGUGUCUGGGUUUUGUUGGAAAUUUAAGGUGCUCUGCUGGUGAUGCUGGUUGGGAAAAAUAAUACUGACUGCAGACAAGUUAGUAAGAUGUGGGAACAGAGACACCAAGACACAAGAUAAAUGAGAUCUCUGCUGAUCUCUGUUACUUUAUUACUGCACGAUCACAACAUCAGCCCAAAUGGCUGCCAACAUCGCUCCCUUAAAUAUGGCAGACAACAGCCUGCAGACUGCGGUUCAUGUGCCAUGUGGGAUCUUUGUGUUUGUGUCUAGUUUUAUUUCAUUUUCAGUUACUGUUUGCCACAUUUGUGGCUCCAAAACCAACAU